AUGCCUAAGCACGCACAUCGACAUGGUGGCGGGCGCAAGACUGCCGAUAAACACAAGCAACUGCGGUGUGAAGGCGACGAGUCCACUAGAACGAUUAGCAAAAAGCAAGUGCAACGCUUUCUGUCAUACGACAAACGCGGCAAUAACGUUUACGCGUCUGCCACCAGGUGUCACUACAUGUUACGUUUAUAUUGUUUAUUCGAAAAAAUUCAAGAUAAAAUAUCUUCUCACAUUCUCGUUGAUGGUACCUAA